AUGAAUUCAUUUACAGAAAUAACUAAGGAAAUAAUUGGCCAGUCAAAACAAUUUCUUCGUGAAAAUGCCUUACAGUUAGGAGGUCUAAGCGCCGUUGCUGCGACGCUCUUUACAUUCAACAAACUCACUGAUAUGAGAAUUCGCGCGUUAGAAAAUCAAGAAGAGCUUAGAGAACAACAAGCUGUAGCACUACUUAAGCAAAAAUUACCAUUAUCCGUCUUAAGAAAGUAUUCAUUAUCAAAGUGA